UACAGCAGCUACGUAAGGCGCAGGCCUUUAGAACGUCGUUCCGCGAGACCCGGCCGAGGAGGUUCCUGCUUCAACAGUGAUUGGACGGAACCCACCCCUGCUCGGGCCCACCCGACCUCUGCGCCUCCGCCUGCCCGACCCAGCUGCACCACCUACAGCCGCGCUGCCAUGGCUUCGUCUCCCUCCCAGGUGCGCCAGAACUACCACCAGGACUGCGAAGCCGCCAUCAACCGGCAGAUCAACCUGGAGCUCUACGCCUCCUACGUGUACCUCAGCAUGUCCUACUAUUUUGACCGUGAUGAUGUGGCCCUGAAGAACUUUGCCAAGUACUUCCUUCACCAGUCCCACGAGGAGCGUGAGCAUGCAGAGAAACUUAUGAAGUUGCAGAACCAGAGAGGCGGCCGCAUCUUCUUGCAGGACGUCAAAAAACCAGAUCGUGAUGACUGGGAGAGUGGAUUGACAGCAAUGGAGUGUGCUUUGCACUUGGAAAAGAAUGUGAACCAGUCACUUUUGGAACUGCACAAGCUGGCAACUGACAAAAAUGACCCCCAUUUAUGUGACUUCAUUGAGACCCACUACUUGGAUGAGCAAGUCAAAUCCAUCAAAGAACUGGCUGACCAUGUGACCAACUUGCGCAAGAUGGGGGCACCAAAAUCUGGAAUGGCAGAGUAUCUCUUUGACAAGCACACUCUGGGAGAAAGUGACAGUGAAAACUAAACCUCCCAUGAAUGCUUCAGCAGGGACUCUUACCUUCUUACACAGCUGUGCAUGUUUUUUUUUGUUAAUCCAUACUAUUGUCCAUAACUGUAUAAAACCAUCUAUUGUUCUUUUUGUGUUGUAACUCAAAUGCCCAAUAAAAGUGAUUUGGUUCCACUAAA